AUGUUCUCCAUUGCCAAAACCUUCAAAAUCAGCAUCCUAUCUCUCAAGUCCGCCAAUCCAGGUGUCAGCCUCGACCAACUCAAGGCCGGCCAGGUCCUAUCUAUCCCUAUCCAGACUCUCGAUGGCACUGGAGUGAGCCCCGUACGAACCACUCUCAGCAACCCCAAGUCCCCAACUAACGUCAACGAGUCCAACGCCUCUAAAAUCCCUACCCUCGUCAAUAAAUCCGCCAGCACCGAUCCAUCCAGCCUGAAUGCCGACCAAAAGGAAGCACUCGAUAUCCAUAACAAAGCCCGCGCCCGCAUUUCCAAAGCCUGCAACACUCCCCGCCCCGCUCUCAAAUGGAACAGCACCCUCGCCGCCGAAGCGGAUGCUUACGCGAAGCGUCUCAUGCAGUCCGGCAGCUUCCUCCACUCCGGUACGAAAGGCGAAGGCGAGAACCUUGCCAAAUUCAUGCCUGCUACCAACGGCUCGAUGGCUAAAGGCGUCGAGAUGUGGCUCGGCGAAGAGAAGGACUACCACGGCGAGCCAAUUGACGCGAAUUACGGGAUGUACGGUCACUGGACGCAGGUUAUCUGGCCGACGACUACGGAGGUGGGGUUGGGCGUUGCGAGGGGCAGUGGCGUUUGUGUGGUUGUGGGGAGGUAUAAGGAGCCAGGGAAUUUGAGGGGCAGUAGUGCUUGGUAUGGGAAGGUUAAGAUUUGA